AUGCGCGCGUUUGCCAGUACGCAGUUUGCAUCGCAAAAGCGCGGCUUUUUGCGCCGCAAGGUGCCACUCGAGGAGAUGAUCUCGUACACCUCAGAGACCAUCACGCGCCCGCUGAUGAACCUGCCGCGCGAAAUGACCCGCGAUGCGGUGCGCAGCUUUCAGAUCAUCCAACGGUACAUGGGCAACUUUGAUGAAGAGGUUUCGUCAAAGGACAAGUUCAACAACGUGCUGUGGCUGGCCAACGUGGGCGUUCGCAACCAGGCAAUGCGCGACGAGAUCUUCUGCCAGCUGGCCAAGCAGGUUACCGGCAACCCAAGCUCGUCCGCCGCUGAGAACGGAUGGUCAUUGGUGGGUGUGCUGCUGUACGCGUUCCGCCCGACGCAGCUGUUUUUCCCGCACCUCGAGGCCUUUGUGGACUCGGCGCCCAUAUCGACUGUGACGCUCAAGCGCUUCUUGAACCUGCAGCUUGGCCGUGUCAAGCGCACAGGCAGCCGCACCUCGGAGCUUUCUGUCGAAGAGCUGCACCUGGCGCUGACCGUGCCAUCCCGGCCACUUGUUUUUGGCGGCUCCCUGGGCGAGAUUAUGGCCAACCCCGAGCUGGUCAAUGAGGCCACGGGUCUCCCGUGCGUGCUGGAGCAACUUACCGGCCUGAUCACCAGCCUCGGCGGCGAUCGCACUGAGGGUCUGUUCCGCGUCCCAGGAAACGGCGAUACUGUGGCUCUAACCCGUCUGCAGAUUGAGGCCGGCCAGCCCGACUUUUCAGGAAUCCACGAUCCCAACGUGCCCGCGUCACUGCUCAAAGAAUGGCUGCGGGAUCUCGCCGACCCGCUUAUCCCUGAGUCCAUGUAUGACGAGUGCAUGGCCAAGCCUGCCGAUCGCGAUACGGUGCAGAGUGUGCUGGAUCGGAUUCCAGACACGUCUCUGAGAGUGGUCAAGUAUCUGCUUGGCUUCCUCUCUAACCUGCUGCAUCCCGAUGUCCAAGCCAGCACCAAGAUGGACGGGAGCAACUUGGCUCUGGUGUUUGGCCCGACCCUGCUGCGCAAUCCCGUCAGCGAUCUCAAGGAUGUGUUUGCCAACUCCUCGGGCGAGCAGACAUUCGUCCUUACGAUGAUCGAAAUAUUCAGUACCUGA